AGUAUAAGUGUAACAUACGUAAUCUACCGAAGUAGCUACAUUAUUCUGAGGCAACGAGUUAUGAUUUUAUUAUUUAAUUUGAAUACUCACUGGGUGAGCAAAAUAUACAAGCAAAGUGAUUACAUUCCAGUUGACCUUGAGAGAACUCGACACAAACACAUUUUCGCUUAGUUUCUUAUCAUUUUAUCUUCUGUAGUAACAGAGUGAAGAACUCUUGAUUAAAAAAAAUUAAAAAAUACAUUUUGGGUGUUCUUGUUCUUCACCUCACCCUCGUCUGCUGUGGAGUGUUGACGGUCAGCUGUUUAUUUGACGUUUGACAAGCAAAACAACCAUAGCCGGCGAAAGUGAUCAGAGUGAUCUAUUUGCAUUAUAAAAGCAAAUUAAUAAAAUGGUAAUGACAUCAUUAGGACGAAAUCUAGUGCUUAGAUUGAAAUUUAACACAUACGGAGCACCAAAAAGACAUAACUUCGAUGUUGUCAAGCCUUUGUCAUGUGCAAAGUACAGUACUUCAAGUAGAAACACUAAAGUUUACGAGGAUGUAGUUGAAGCAGUUGGUGAUAUUAAAGAUGGGUCAAAACUUUUGGUUGGUGGCUUUGGUCUGUGUGGAAUACCAGAAAAUUUGAUUCAAGCUGUGAACAAAAGGGGCGUUACUGGUCUUACAGUAGUUUCUAAUAAUGCAGGUGUUGAGAACUUUGGUUUGGGUAUAUUACUGAAGAGUAAGCAGAUUAAGCGUAUGAUCUCAUCAUAUGUUGGAGAAAAUGCUGAAUUUGAGAAACAAUAUUUAACAGGAGAGUUAGAGGUUGAGUUGACUCCUCAAGGAACAUUGGCUGAAAGAAUCCGAGCUGGUGGUGCCGGUAUACCAGCCUUUUUUACACCAACAGGAUAUGGUACCCUUAUUCAAGAAGGUGGAGCACCUAUCAAGUAUGGUAAAGAUGGCAAAAUUGAUAUACAGAGUUCGGCUCGUCAUGUUCAAAAAUUCAAUGGUAAUGAUUAUGUUAUGGAAGAAGCAAUCACAGGUGAUUUCGCUUUAGUCAAGGCAUGGAAAGCUGACAGGCAUGGUAACCUGAUUUUCAGGAAAAGUGCCCGUAACUUUAACCCUGCCAUGUGUAAAGCUGCACGUAUAACCAUAGCUGAAGUUGAAGAAAUUGUCGAUGAAAUUGAACCUGAUACAGUUCAUGUACCAUCAAUAUUUGUGCACAGAAUUUUCAAGGGCAACAAAUUCGAAAAAAGAAUAGAGAGAAGAACAGUCACCAAACCUGAGUCUCAGAAGGAGAAGAAAGCAUCAGAUUUGAUGCGAGAGAGAAUAAUCAAAAGAGUUGCACUGGAAUUUAAGGAUGGAAUGCAUGCAAACCUUGGAAUUGGUAUGCCAAUGUUGGCCAGUAACUACAUACCUAAAAAUGUGAAACUUUUAUUGCAAUCUGAAAAUGGUAUCCUUGGACUUGGACCCUUCCCUACUGAAGAAAAUGUGGAUGCAGAUCUGAUUAACGCUGGAAAAGAAACUGUGACUGUAGUUCCUGGAGCGUCCUAUUUCUCAUCUGAUGACAGCUUUGCAAUGAUUCGAGGAGGUCAUAUUGAUUUGACUAUACUUGGAGCUAUGCAAGUCUCCCAGUUUGGUGAUCUUGCAAACUGGAUGAUUCCGGGGAAAAUGGUAAAGGGCAUGGGUGGAGCUAUGGAUCUAGUGUCGGCGCCACGUACAAAAGUUGUCGUUACAAUGGAGCACACUGCUAAAAAUGGAAGUCACAAAAUUCUUCCUGAGUGUUCACUGCCACUCACAGGAAAGAACUGUGUGGAUAUGAUUAUUACUGAAAAGUGUGUGUUUGAAGUGGACAAGGAAAAAGGUCUGAUCUUAACCGAACUGGCCGAUGGAGUCACAGUUGAAGAUAUUCUUGUGAGUACGGGCUGUGAGUUCAAUGUAUCACCAGACCUGAAGAAAAUGGGGGACAUUACUGAGGUUCAUUAAAAAUAAAAUAAUCCUUGCUCAUCUCAUGAGACUGGAAUGCUAAGUCAAAAUCAUACAUAGCCAUAUUCUAUUAUCUUACUGGAAAUCUCGUAAUAAUUACAACUUAGACUUAGCUUUCAUUAUGCCAGAAUUUAUAGUUCAAAUGAAUUAAUUUUGAUUUUCCCGAUAUUAAGACUAUAUUUACAGAGUUAGGUACUUUUUAAAAUUAAGUUUAUAAAAAUAAGUUUUGUUACAAAAUAUUAUUACAUUGUUAGAUAAGCAGUGUAAAUAAACCCACAAUUAUUUUACUCAAUGCUCAUUUUAUGUAAAAAAAUAUUUAAUAAGUUACAGAACUUUAUUGAGUACCUAGGUAUAUAUUUUUUAUUGUUUACAUUUUGUAAUUACACUCGACAUCAAAUAAAUCGCACCUCCCGCGAGAAGCAUUUUCAAACGUAUGCUUCCCCACUUCCCACCAAUAUUGGCACCAUUUGAAAGCCUAGUUCUAACCUUCAUUUCAUUAAAGGAAAGGUUUUUACCCCAAAAAUGUGUCUUUAGAAGGAUCCAGAGUCACUUCUUCAAAAAAUAGGUAGUUACGCUAGAGCCAACUUUUAUGGCUAUAAAACUAUUAAGUUGGGAUCAAUGAUAUUAUAUAAAAACAAAAGCAGAUAUGUUAUAAGUAGAGAUGAAACGGAUAGUUGUUUGGCCGGAUACCGGAUACCGGAUAUCCGGCCAGCUGCUAGGCCGGAUAGCCGGAUAUCCGGCGGCCGGAUAGUUGGCCCAUUGUCUCGUUGCAUGUCGUGACGAGUUGAGCGCCGCACAGGUGCUUCGAACGCGAUCAGUGGGUCUAUUAGUAGACUAGACUAGUCACACUUUUCGAAAAUCGAAUCCGUCCGAAUAUAGUGUCAGAUUUUGCCACUUGUCAGGGGGCAGAUCAAUUCGGGUGAUUUCGGUUGCUAUCGUGAGUGUGUGAUUGAAUAGCGAAAAUUAAAUUAGUUUACUUGUUGCGUAAUCUGACUGAACUGCAUCAUGUCAUCAGACCAUCAGUGAAGAAGAGAUCGCCUUUUUUAUUUGCAAUAUUUCGAUAUUAACAGAUAUUUACUAUUUAUGUUUAUUAGAGUGAAUAAAUAGCCCAGAAAGAGAAAUUAGUUUUUUGAAAGGCUUUAAAUAUUUUUAUUUUUUUAAAUAAAUAUCCUUGGACAUUUUUACACUGCGCCUCUAGUCCCAAACUAAGCAAAGCUUGUACUAUGGGUACUAGACAACGGAUAUAAACAUACUUAAAUACUUUUUUUUUGUAAAUACAUACAUAUUAUACAUAGAAAACACCCAGACCCGUCACAGAAAUUGAAAUUUAUCGUUUCAAUUUCUGCCCGGCCGGGAAUCGAACCUGGGACCUCUCGGCAUAGUAGUCCGUUCUGAACCACUACACCAAACGGCCGACUAAACUUUAAUAUGGCUUUUGUAACUUUUUAGACUUUUUAAUGUGUUUCAUUUUAUUAAUUUAGGAAAUUGUCGUAGUUUUUUAAUAUCCGGUAUCCGGCCGGAUAGUGAGCUACUAUCCGGUAUCCGGCCGGAUAGUAAAUUUAGGCCGGAUAUCCGGCCUACCGGAUAGUUACCGGAUAUCCGUUUCAUCUCUAGUUAUAAGCGCUCGCGCUGUGAAUACUCAAAUACGUCCCAAUUGGGACGUCUUGUGUUUAGUCUUCGUGUGGCCUGCGUCGUGCGCAAUCGCGUGUGUACCACACCGUAAGUUCCUGUGUUCUUACCAAAAUAAAUAAAAAAUGCCAUCGUGUGUGUUUCGAAAGUGUACCAAUUAUGACUCUAAAGUAAACAAAAUACAAGGGAUCUCUUACCACAUGUGAUUAUGCAAAAUUAUUUAGUAUUUAUAUUUUCAAUUAUUUAUGCAAACAAUCAAGACGCCAUGCGCCAUGUUCAAGUUAAGAAAGAGAAAGCGAUCUUGUUUUGACGUUAGAGCGAUAAGGAUGCGUGCGCUGCGGACAUAGAUUAGUUAGUGCAGAAUCGUUAAAACUAUAGCUAUCUCUUUCAUUUGCGUGCUAUUUCGUAUCUUUUGUUUCACUUAUCAGUUACAUUUGUCAAUGUGUGCAAUUUGGAAUAGCUCGGCACGGAUUAAAAUCGUAAUUUCUAUGAACGUAACAUAUCUAUAGUUCUGUAAUAUCAUUGGUUGGGAUUAAUCGCUAUCCAUCUGUUAAAGAGGACACGUGAGAUCAUUAUUAUUUUGGUUUUAUAACCAUAAAAAUUGGUCUAAUUGAUUCCAUAGGUGGGCCUUAAGGUGGUAUUAAGAAAUUAAAUGUGUUUUUAUUUAAGGAUAUUUAUUGGGCUUUCAAAUAACACCAAUAUUGUUGGGGCACCAUGAUUGUGUCAGAAGAAAAUCGUUAAAAUUCGCGUCGCGGAAGGUGCGGUUUAUUUGAUGUUGAGUAUAGAAAGAAAUAAUUCUAUUUUAUAUCGGCAGACUACUGUACUGUAAAUCGUUAUUUUAUUUUUACUGACAUUAAAUAAUAUUGUUAAUAAAA